UUCACAUUUUAAUACAUUUGCAACUGAGAAGGCAUCUGCCAUUCUGUACCGCAGAUACAUUUAGCAGGAUACAUUUACACGGCUUGUGGUUAGAGGUGAUAGCACAGGAUACAGACAGCCCGAUCAUGCAUUCUUCUACAAGCCUGCCGGCAUCAUUUAGGAUCUGAUGCUGAAAAAUAAUCUAGAAAAGCUAUCCCCUAUGUAAUAUUAUUUUUUACUUUACAAUAGCAUAACAGUUCGUUUUUUGUUUUUUUGUUGUUGUUGUUAGCAAUUCUAUGAAAUUAAUAGUCUACAAAACGCAUCCCAAACCAGAUACAUACUGUAUUGAAAGCUUUCUUCAAGAAGAUAUGACAGUAUUCAUUCCAGCUUAUUUUCUUCGUUAGCAAAAGGAUUGUUUGAUUCUCAGAAGCAAAAGGACACAUUCAUUGUGCAGCAGCUCUGCUUAAGUGUAUGAAAUGCCUUCUACUGUCUGGUUGCAGAAUUUGGAGUUUGCUAAACAGUGUUUAGUGAUUGGGCUCAUCUUGCAUCACCAGUUGAUGACAUUUUUCUUUGUUCCCUCCUACCCAGUUGAACCAAGACUCUGAGGCUGAUAUGCAAUGUCACUUACAACAUUAAUCAGAUACUGCAUUUAAGGUCUUGAUGUGGAGGAGAUGGAGGACUCAGAACCAAGAAUUUCCGAGUGAUUCCUUCCAAAGCACAAGAAACUGUUAGUGCUGGUGUGUUCUAACUGAGAUGACAGUCAUGUCCCUUUCCAGGGACCUCAAGGACGACUUGCACAGUGACACAGUGCUCUCCAUCUUAAAUGAGCAGCGCAUUCGGGGCAUUUUGUGUGAUGUCACUAUUAUUGUGGAAGACACCAAAUUUAAAGCGCACAGCAAUGUCCUAGCUGCUUCAAGCCUUUAUUUCAAAAAUAUCUUUUGGAGCCAUACGAUCUGUAUUUCCAGCCAUGUCCUGGAACUGGAUGAUCUCAAAGCUGAAGUGUUUACAGAAAUCCUUAAUUAUAUCUACAGCUCCACAGUUGUCGUCAAGAGACAGGAAACAGUCACCGAUCUUGCAGCUGCAGGAAAAAAGCUGGGAAUAUCCUUCUUGGAAGAUCUUACUGAUCGCAACUUCUCAAAUUCCCCCGGUCCCUAUGUAUUCUGCAUUACCGAAAAGGGAGUGGUUAAAGAAGAAAAAAAUGAAAAAAGGCACGAAGAACCUGCCAUCACCAAUGGGCCAAGGAUCACCAAUGCAUUUUCUAUCAUUGAGACAGAAAAUAGUAAUAACAUGUUUUCUCCACUGGACUUGAGGGCAAGUUUCAAAAAGGUCUCCGACUCCAUGAGAACCGCUAGCCUCUGCCUGGAGAGGGCCGACGUGUGUCACGAGGCGGAGCCCGUCCGCACCCUAGCGGAGCACUCGUAUGCUGUUUCUUCCGUGGCCGAGGCCUACAGAAAUCAGCCUGCCCGUGAACAUGACAGCAGCUCCCCUGGUAAGACAGGUAAAGAAAAUUGUGACGCUCUUGCAGCAAAACCGAAAACAUGCCGAAAGCCAAAGACAGUGUCCGUACCCCCGGAUUCUGACUCAGCUACAGACAGUAUACCACCCCCUCCGGUAACCAGCUUAGAGGUUCAUCAAGAAAGAAGCCCACAGCCAGCUGCAGUCCUGCCUCGUUCGAAAUCUCCCAACAAAGAAGGAGAUGUCCGUUUUUCCAAGGAAGAUGCAAAUAAAUCCUCGGAUGUUCCUGGGCCACCGGCGGCAGAGGUCCCACCUCUCGUCUACAAUUGUAGCUGUUGUUCCAAAUCCUUUGACAGUAGCGCACUGCUCAGUGCCCACAUGCAGCUUCAUAAGCCAACCCAGGAGCCGUUGGUGUGCAAGUACUGCAACAAGCAGUUCAGCACUCUGAACAGGCUGGAUCGGCACGAGCAGAUUUGUAUGCGGUCCAGCCACAUGCCUGUUCCUGGAGGAAACCAGCGCUUUUUAGAAAACUAUCCUACCAUUGGACAGAAUGGAAGUUCAUUCACGGGUCCAGAACCUCUGUUGUCUGAAAACAGGAUUGGUGACUUUUCUAGUACCGGAAGCUCCUUGCCAGAAACGGACCACAUGGUUAAAUUUGUGAACGGGCAGAUGCUCUACAGUUGUGUUGUUUGCAAACGGAGUUAUGUGACUUUGUCCAGCCUCCGAAGGCAUGCAAAUGUUCACUCGUGGAGAAGAACCUAUCCUUGCCAUUACUGCAACAAAGUAUUUGCAUUGGCCGAGUACAGGACAAGACAUGAAAUUUGGCACACAGGAGAAAGGCGCUAUCAGUGCAUUUUCUGCCUUGAAACUUUCAUGACCUACUAUAUUCUCAAGAACCAUCAGAAGUCUUUCCAUGCCAUAGAUCAUAGACUUUCCAUCAGUAAAAAAACAGCCAAUGGAGGCCUGAAGCCUAGCGUCUAUCCAUAUAAACUUUACAGGCUACUGCCUAUGAAAUGCAAGAGGGCUCCUUAUAAAAGCUACCGAAAUUCUUCCUAUGAAAAUGCCCGAGAGAACAGUCAGAUGAAUGAGUCUGCAGCUGGCCCCUAUGUUAUUCAGAAUCCACACAGCUCUGAGUUACCAACAUUGAAUUUCCAGGACCGCGUAAACACCUUGACCAACAGUCCCGCCAUCCCCUUGGAAACGUCUGCACGUCAGGAGGUACCCACUUCUGCCAACGUACAGAAUGCAGAGGGGACCAAAUGGGGAGAGGAAACGUUGAAAGUGGACCUCGGCAAUCACUUUUAUUCCGCCGAGGUGUCCGUUUCUUCCACGGAGAACGCUGGCAGCUCUGACCUGCCGGUAGGGGAUGUACCCGUUUCAUCUCUGAGUAACGGCAGUGAGCACGCAGCCUCCGUGAUCAGCUACAGUGGCUCAGCACCCUCGGUCAUUGUGCACAGUAGCCAGUUCUCAUCGGUGAUAAUGCACAGCACCGCCGUUGCCGCCGUGGCCAGCAGCAACCACCGAGCCCCUUCAGACCCGGCUGUCAGUCAGGCCCUGAAAGACGACAGCAAACUUGAGCCCGAUAAAGUGAGCAGAGUGGUCAGCAGGCCCAAGAGCAUCAAGGAGAAAAAGAAAACUGUGCUGUGUAACAAGGCAGAGGUAGCAGACGAGUCCAAGUACGUGGCUGAUCCCGGAGGGUCGCUGAGCAAAACCACAAAUGUUAAAGAAACCAGUAAAAUCGAAACCUACAUUGCAAAGCCCGCUCUGCCUGGAACCUCUACAAACAGCAAUGUCGCGCCCCUGUGCCAGAUAACAGUGAAAAUCGGAAACGAAGCCAUCGUGAAAAGGCACAUCCUAGGAUCUAAGCUGUUCUAUAAAAGAGGAAGAAGACCCAAGUACCAGAUGGAGGAGGAGGCUUUGCCACAGGAGAGUGACCCGGAAACCAACAGAGCCAGCCCCCUCGGGCUCUGCCAGUCCGAGUGUGUGGAAAUGAACGAAAUGUUUGACGACGCCAGUGACCAGGAUUCCACCGACAAGCCCUGGCGUCCUUACUACAACUACAAACCCAAAAAGAAAUCCAGACAGCUGAGAAAAAUGAGGAAGGCCAACUGGAAGAAAGAGCAUGAAAACAGGAGCCCAAGCAGUAAGUGCAGAUACCCGGCAGAACUGGACUGUGCCGUGGGGAAGGCUCCCCAGGAGAAGGCCUUUGAGGAAGAAGAAAAUAAGGAGAUGCCCAAGCUGCAGUGUGAACUCUGUGAUGGAGACAAAGCCUCGGGGGCGGGGAAUCAAGGGAGGCCCCACCGGCAUCUCACUGCGAGGCCGUACGCCUGUGAGUUCUGUGCCAAGCAGUUCCAGAGCCCGUCCACCCUCAAGAUGCACAUGAGGUGUCACACCGGAGAGAAGCCAUACCAGUGCAAGACCUGUGGGCGGUGCUUUUCGGUGCAGGGAAACUUGCAGAAACACGAACGCAUCCACCUGGGCGUGAAGGAGUUCAUCUGUCAGUACUGCAACAAGGCAUUCACGCUGAACGAGACCCUCAAGAUCCACGAAAGGAUCCACACGGGUGAAAAGCGUUACCACUGUCAGUUCUGCUUUCAGAGCUUUUUGUACCUUUCCACAAAAAGGAAUCACGAGCAGAGGCACAUUUGGGAGCAUGACGGGAAGGGCUAUGCCUGCUUCCAAUGCCCCAAAAUUUGCAAAACAGCUGCUGCCCUUGGAAUGCACCAGAAGAAACACUUAUUCAAAAGUCCAAGUCAGCGGGAGAAAGUAGAAGGUGACAUGUGCCAGGAGAACUCAAACCCCCUGGAGAACCCACAUGUCAAUGACUCAGAAGACAGUGACCAAAAGGAUAACGUACAAACCAUUGUUGAAAAUGUCCUUUGAGUGGCGAUACUUAGAAAAGUCUUCAAAAAUAUAAGUUGGUGGGUUUGUUGUUUGGGGGUUUUUUUUUGUUUUUGUUUUUUAGUUAGCUGUUUUCUUCUGUUGUUUUUUUUUUUUUUUGAAGUUUUGUUCACGCAACAGUCAUGAAGGAGUGAAAUGUAAAAAAAAGAAAAUCUCAUUUGUGAAAAUUCCAGAAAAAAGGAUCCUAAUACCUACUUUGGGUUUUAGCAUUAACUUCAUGCAAAGUGCACAAAAACGAAAUAGCCGAAUCCUCCAGUAUCCCAAGUAUCUUGUGGAAGUUU